UGAGAUAACAGGCUUUGGACCGUGCUAUCUUGAGUGUUACAUUGUGGAGUUGUUUUCCCACAAUCUUUAAGUCUUUUUCAAACUAUUUUGUGAAUGAAUUAAAUUAGUGAAAUAUGAAUAAAUGGUCUCUUUUGGAUUGCUUACCCAGAUUAGAGAAUGUUGACUUUAAAAGGUCACAAAAUUGAAUUUUGCCUGUUGGACCGGUAUUUCCACUUGGGAGGCUAGUCCUGGCUGACCUCCACAGUUCCAUCCAUCCACUCACACACAGUCAUGAUAAGAGCGUGAAGUGUGAGCUAAAUAGGGAUGAGGCCUGGGCAAGGUCAUUUCUGCCAGAACACCAGAGACUCCAAGAGCUCAAGGGUGCUAUAGUACAGAGGAAGGGGGUGUCCUCGUGAAUUAAAAAAAAGAAAAGAAAAAAGAAAGAGAGAAAAGAAGAAAAAAAACCCUCUAUACACAGAGUAAAAAUGAGGGUCCUUGUAUUUGAGGAUGUAAAAGAUGAGGCAGAAGAGGGAAAAACAGAGGAAGAGGAAGAUGAAGACGACACGGUGUUCUUCAAGCCUGUUAUUGAAGACCUAAGGAUGGAAUUGGCCAGAAAAUGCACCAAGCUCAUUAGUGAUAUUCAUUAUAAAGAAGAGUAUAAAAAGUCUAAGGACAAGUGUACAUUUGUGGCUGACACUCCCAUGCUAAACCAUGUAAAAAACAUUGGUGCUUUUAUUUCUGAGGCAAAAUACAAAGGCACCAUUAAGGCAAACCUCUCCAAUUCUCUUUAUAAGCAGAUGCCAGCCACAAUCGAUAGUGUCUUUGCAAGAGAAGUUACGCAUCUUCAGAGUGAGGUUGCCUAUAAGCAGAAAUACGAUGCUGCUAGAGGAUUCUCAGAUUAUGCCCAUCUGAAGGAGCCACCUGACAUCAGACAUGCCAUGGAGGUCAAUAAACACCAGAGUAACAUUUCUUAUAGAAAAGAUGUGCAGGACGCCCACACGUAUAGUGCAGAUCUCAACAGACCAGACAUCAAGAUGGCAACACAGCUCUCCAAGCUCAUAAGCAAUGCAGAGUACAAGAAAGGGCAAGGAGUAAUGAAUAAAGAGCCUGCUGUACUUGGAAGACCAGAUUUCGAACACGCUGUGGAAGCUUCUAAACUUUCUAGUCAAAUUAAAUACAAAGAAAAAUUUGAUAAUGAAAUGAAGGAUAAGAAACAUCAUUACAAUCCUCUGGAAAGUGCUUCUUUUAGGCAAAGUCAGCUUGCCACCACACUGGUGAGCGAUGUGAAGUACAAGAAAGACAUUCAAAGUAUGCACGAGCCAGUCUCAGAUCUCCCAAACCUGUUUUUAGAGCAUGCUUUGAAAACCAGCAAAAUGCUCAGCGGACAUGAGUAUAGAAAGCUUUUUGAGGAAAACAAAGGAAUGUAUCAUUUUGAUGCGGAUGCUGCUGAACACCUGCACCAUAAAGGCAAUGCCAUGCUCCAGAGCCAGGUUAAAUACAAAGAAGAGUAUGAGAAAAAUAAGGGGAAAUCAAUGCUUGAAUUUGUUGAGACACCCUCAUAUCAAGCUUCAAAGGAGGCUCAGAAGAUGCGGAGUGAGAAAGUUUACAGAGAGGACUUUGAGAAGGAGAUUAAAGGAAGGUCUUCACUGGAUUUAGACAAGACUCCAGAAUUUUUACAUGUAAAGUACAUCACCAACCUUCUGAAAGAGAAGGAAUAUAAGAAAGAUCUGGAAAAUGAAAUAAGAGGCAAAGGAAUGGAACUUAACCCAGACGUUCUUGAUAUUCAAAGAGCAAAACGUGCAUCUGAAAUGGCUAGUGAGAAAGAAUAUAAGAAAGACCUGGAGUCAAAAAUUAAAGGGAAGGGAAUGCAAGUUGGCACUGACACCCUUCAAAUACAACAUGCCAAAAAAGCUGCAGAGAUAGCUAGUGAGAAAGACUAUAAGAGAGAUCUGGAGACUGAAAUAAGAGGGAAGGGCAUGCAGGUGGGCCCAGACACUCCUGAUAUCCAGAGAGCCAAGAAAGCAUCGGAAAUGGCCAGCCAGAAAGAAUAUAAGAAAGAUCUGGAAAAUGAAAUUAAGGGGAAAGGAAUGCAAGUGAGCAUGGAUAUCCUGGACAUACUACGAGCCAAGAGAGCAUCAGAAAUCUACAGCCAGAAAAAGUAUAAAGACGAAGCAGAGAAGAUGCUUUCUAACUAUAGUUCUGUGUUAGACACUCCUGAAAUUCAGAGAAUCAAGAUAACUCAACAAAACAUUAGUGCGGUAAAAUACAAAGAAGAGAUGCAUCAGGCCACGGCCAUUUCCGAUCCUCCGGAGCUAAAGAGAGCUAAAGAAAACCAGAAGAACAUCAGCAAUCUCCAGUACAAACAGCAAUGCCCCAAGGCCACGCCGGUGAGCGUCACGCCAGAGAUGGAGAGGGUGAGGAGAAACCAGGAGGAGCUGAGUACGGUGAAAUACAAAGGAGAAACUAAACAGGCAACGGCCAUUUCUGAUCCACCAGAGCUGAAGAGAGUUAAAGAAAAUCAGAAGAACAUCAGCAAUGUUCAUUAUAAAGGUCAACUGGGAAGAUCUACAGCUUUAAGCGUAACUCCUGAAAUGGAAAGAGUGAGGAAGAACCAAGAAAAUAUCAGUUCGGUAAAAUAUACCCAGGACCAUAAACAGAUGAAAGGUAGACCAAGUCUGAUUUUAGAUACACCUGGUCUGAGAUAUGUCAAAGAAGCACAAAAUCAUAUUUCAAUGGUAAAGUAUCAUGAAGACUUUGAAAAGACAAAGGGAAGGGGCUUUACUCCUGUUGUAGAUGACCCUGUGACGGAGCGAGUAAGGAAGAACACCCAAGUGGUCAGCGAUGCGGCCUACAAAGGUGUCCAUCCUCACAUCGUGGAGAUGGACAGGAGACCUGGGAUCAUUGUCGACCUCAAAGUUUGGCGUACAGAUCCUGGCUCCAUCUUCGACCUUGAUCCCCUGGAAGACAAUAUUCAGUCUAGAAGUCUCCAUAUGCUCUCUGAAAAGGCGAAUCACUACAGGAGACUCUGUUCUCGGUCUCACUCGAGCAGUACUUUUGGUACAGGUCUGGGAGAUGACAAGUCAGAAAUUUCUGAGAUUUACCCUAGCUUUUCAUGCUGCAGCGAGGUAACCAGACCGUCGGAUGAAGGAGCGCCUGUUCUUCCUGGAGCCUACCAACAAAGCCAUUCCCAAGGCUAUGGGUACAUGCACCAGACCAGCCUCUCAUCCAUGAGGUCAAUGCAGCACUCACCAAAUCUAAGGACCUACCGAGCCAUGUAUGAUUACAGUGCCCAGGACGAAGAUGAGGUCUCCUUCAGGGAUGGCGACUACAUCGUCAAUGUACAGCCCAUCGACGACGGCUGGAUGUAUGGCACAGUGCAGAGAACUGGGAAAACAGGGAUGCUCCCAGCCAAUUACAUUGAGUUUGUUAAUUAAUUCUCUCUCCUUGUCUUUGAGCUUUAUUCUAAUGUAUACUAAACCCAAUCUUUUUAAAAGAUAGAAGAUACUUUUAAGACAACUUGGCAGUUAUUUUACAAUAAUCUAUCUUUACUUUGACAAUGAGACACAUAGGUACCAGGAAAAAGGACUGACUUCUGGGCUCAGAACAGCAGCAUUUUCAGUAAUUCCUGUACACAAAACCUUAAGGUCUGGAGGCCCGGUGCUGCUAAUUGGGUUAAUGGUUUCCUUUGAUUGGCUAUCGAACACUUCUGGGAAAUGUAUUUUUGUAGACUUUAAUAGAGAUGUUGAUUGUCCCUUACACGUAACAAGUCUAUGAAACUUAUUAGCUGUCACUUUGGAAUCACCAGAAGCCAAUUCUUGUAAUUCAGUAACACAGCCAAUAAUUUAAAAACCAUUUAGCUUUUGAGUCAUUAGGGAAUUUCCAAUUCAAGUGAAAAUUGCCUAAUGUAAUAAACAUCAGGAGUGGCAGAACGGCGGUUUGGUUAAAAUUAUAUUGACUGGUGGCCUUCGGGACCUAGAAACUUCUCCCAAACAAAGACAUUUCCUUGUUCCCUAGGCUGACUUGGGUCUCUUUGUUUCUCAUUUGUACCAAGGCGUAUUCUACUCUUCAUUUACAUUCUGUGGGCCCAAGUCUAUGCUUGACUCCAUAGAAUGUCAGGACCAAAUAACGUCACAGCUACUCUGCAAAGGGCAAAGUUGAAGGUCAUCUCUAUUAUUUCCCUAAGGGCUUUGACCCUGUUGCAUGUCACGUAGGUUCAAGCUUCUGUAACAUAGGCAGCUGCACUGCCCAUCCCCAUUAUUAAAGCAACAAGUGCGGCUGAUAACCUACCAGCCCUCCCGUCUAGUAGCCUGCCCAUUAGAAAAACAUGUUUUUGAAAAGUUGCUUGAGAUUCUCCUGCUGCCUUGCACUCUAGUUUCGAAGGAUUUACACCUUUAGGAAAUAGACGCCUACUCUAGCAAGUAAGUGAUUUAGGUGUUUACUGAGCAGCUUUCUUUAACAUAAUGCCGCUGUCGAUUUAAAA